AUGGGAGCAGUAGCAGAUGCAGAUGCCAAUAAUGGACGGGAGGAGAUGCCAAUAAUGGCUACAAGUAAAGAUAGAUCAGUGACUGUCUAUCAGAUAGAUAUGGUGCUUCCAAUGUAUUUAUGUUGUGCCAUUUUGUUUUCCUUACUUUGGGUGGGGGCGUCUCAGCCACAGUCCCACUGCUCCUCCUCAGCUCCUCCAUUGUUAAGGACCUUCAGCCUUCACUUCAGAGGCGCCUCAGCCACAGUCCCACUGCUCCUCCUCAGCUCCUCCAUUGUUAAGGACCUUCAGCCUUCACUUCAGAUCUGGUCUGGACCGUCUGAUCUGAUCGCGAUCUCAGAUCUAGUGUGGCCUGGACCGUCUGAUCUUAGAUCUCAGAAAAGGUAUCCAUGGUUCACUGCUUUAAGCAAGCUUAUGUGGGGGCUGGGGGUGAUGCUUGCGGCUCCGAGGUGGUUCUAUGGAUAA